GAGCUGUAGUUACUGUGCGGUGUACCAGUGGUAGCGAUGUGCGUCAGUACACGCGUGUUACCUCUGUUACUCUUGUGUGUGAUACAGCAGGCUGUGGCAGUGAAGGAACCCACUGAGGAUGGAGGAUGCGCCAAGGAAAAGAGCUGUGAUUUUAAUGAUUGUAAAGACGGGGAGGAGUGUUAUUUGUUGAAUGGUGAACCCACGUGCAGACCCUGUUCAUCCACGUGUGAAGGAGUGCAGUGUCCAGAAGGCCAAGAGUGUAUUCUCGAGGUUGUCCAGUGUUUCGUACCUCCCUGUUGCCCUAUUCCUACCUGCACCCCUACAGACAACAGUAGCAGUUGUCCAGACGAGAAGGAACAGACUUGUGACGGUAUUGACUGUGGAAAGCAGAAGGAGUGUAUUAUUUUGGAUGGCAUACCCACUUGUGUACAGGAAUUGACGUGUGCAACGAUUAACUGUAUUGCAGGAUACACAUGCGUAGACAGAAAAUGCAUUUUAGAUCCUUGCUUCGACUAUGAAUGCCCAGACGGUGAAGAGUGUUAUCUAGAAGACGUUCCGUGUACACAUCCGCCUUGCAGAGUUCCUUCCUGCAGACCCAUUGACAAGUUUGACAGUUCAGAGGAUGAGGAAUGUGUCAAGGAACAGACUUGUGAGGGUAUUCACUGUGGAGAGCAGGAGGAGUGUGUUAUUUUGGAUGGCAUACCCACUUGCAUACCGGAGUUGACAUGUGCUUCAAUUGACUGUGUCAUAGGAUACACAUGUGUCGACAAAGAAUGCAUUUUAGAUCCUUGCUUCGACUAUCAAUGUCCUUGUGAUCAAGAGUGUUAUCUACAGGACGUUCCGUGUACAGAACCUCCUUGCAGAGUUCCUUCCUGCAGACCCAUUGACAAGUGUGCUACAGUACGUUGUAAGGGAGGCUACAUCUGCCAGGACGGUGAAUGUAUUCCGGAGUUAACUUGUGAUAACGUGGAAUGCAAACCAGGGGAACAGUGUUAUCUAGAGGAUAUACCCUGUUUGGUACCUCCUUGUCCCCAGAGGCCCGUCUGCAGACCUGACAAAUGUGCUAUAAUACGUUGUAAGGGAGGCUACAUCUGCCAGGAUGGUGAAUGUAUUCCUGAGUUAACUUGUGAUAACGUGGAAUGCAAACCAGGGGAACAGUGUUAUCUAGAGGAUAUACCCUGUUUGGUACCUCCUUGUCCCCAGAGGCCCGUCUGCAGACCUGACAAAUGCUCGGCGCCGCUUUGCCCCGAGGGAACCGUCCUCGCGGAUGGAGAGUGCGUAACUAUACCGACUUGCAGAGGGUAUGAGUGUCCUCCUGGAGAAGAGUGUUACCUCGAGGAGGUCGUGUGUGUUAAAGCCCCCUGUUUUCCACUACCAUCCUGCAGACCUAGAAUGUGCAGUCCUUCUUCUCCUUGCAACUACGGUAGAGUAUGUAUAAAUGGACGCUGUGUCACUAGAGCCACCUGCCAGGACUUCGAAUGUCCUCCAGGACAAGAGUGUUACCUUGUGGAGAGCUCUUGUAGGCAACCUCCAUGUCCUCCAGACCCCUCUUGUAGACCUCCACCGACUUGUGACGUCAUCCACUGUCCACCAGGUUACUUAUGUUCCAAAGGCCGCUGCAUCCCUGGACCGUCCUGCAAGGGAUAAGAACAUUCCUUUAAUUUAG